AUACCUGAAUGUUUUAAAAUAGACUUUUCUAACAAUUUUACCUGUAUGAAUUAUUGCAGUCUUGCAAGGAUAUAUAUUCAGAUAAUUUUGCUCCAGCAGUAAUUGAUAAUGUCUAUAAAUGAACAUAUAUCGCAGCCCUGUAUUCGUCAAAUCCAAGGCAUUGGGAAACAGCGGCGAAUAACAAUUAGUUUGAGUGAAACUUUAAAAAAGUUAGAAGUUGAGAAAGGGGCUUUAACUAUUGGUGGAUUUCGUUACUGCUCUGAUUUUUUCAGAUCACUGUUAACAGUUGGGCUGAACAAGAUCAGUGGUACAUUACAGAAACAAGUUUUUAUAGCCAUUGAAAAGAUGCUAUUUGAAGCUUUAUCUUCUGAAACAAAUUUUAUUUGUGUGCGUAAACUGCUGAGGACUGCAUUGUCAUCUUUGGAAAAGGGAGAGAGGGAUAGAAUUGGUAGUGAACGGUUGUGGAACAAACAUAAGGAGACAGUUAGCAAUAUGUUAUGUCGAUUGGACAUGUAUGAAAAUAAAACCGAGAGAAGAAGACGGCAAGCCAAUGUUUCUAGAUCUACCAAAAGAAUGCAUUUACAACAUUAUUUCCAAACUGUCAAAUCCUAA